CAAGCAACCGGCGACUGAGUGGGCUGGCACUUAGGGCAAGGCCGUUCGCUCCCAAAGGCGAUGAACUUCCAGAUCCCACUGAGGAAGUGAAAACCGGACGUCUGCAGUUUUCCAUUUCUCCACCUUUGUCUCAGCUGCAUCAGGAUGUCAGAAGCCUCCAAGGAGAGUUUAGGGUCCCCGGAGCUGCCGGUGCUGGGCAAGGUGUGCCUAACCACCACGGACCGAAAGCUCAACGUGCUGAAUGAGAAGGUUGACAAGCUUUUGCAUUGCCAGGAAGACCUCGCGGAGAAGCUGCAGUGCGUAUGCCGCGGCAUGGGCCACUUGGAACAAGGCCUUCGCCGUCUGGAGGCCUCCCAAGGGCCAGGCCUGGCUGGGGCUGGCAGCAGCCCCCAGGCAGCCGCCCAGGCCGGGACCCCAGAGGUCCUGGAGCUGGUGAGGGCAGUGCAGCAGGACGCUGCCCAGCAUAGCACCCGACUUGAAGCCCUCUUCAGGAUGGUGGUGGCCGUGGAUAAGGCCAUCACUUUUUUGGGGGCCAUGUUCCAGAACUCGAAGGUGGUGGAUUUCCUCACACAAGGGAGUGUACCCUGGAGGAAAGGAAGCCAGACUGAAGGCCCUGAGGAGAGCAAAGAGAAAGUGGAAGAGAAGGGAGCGAAAGCAAAGCUCACGCAGAGAACAAGAGGUGUGCAAGCCGGGCUCCGGGAAGAAAGCCACAAAGCAGACCUACCAGAGGGGACAGUGGAGCCGCGGCCUCUCAUCCACACUGCAGGGACAGGAGCAGACCUCCUCAUCCAGGCAGCGGCCCCACCAGGCCAAGCAGAUGAAGUCCCUGGCCAAGGCCAAGUGUCCCCUGUCCACCUGCUGCCGCCCACAGAGGUGGAAGCCAAAGCGCAUGGGUCAAUCAGCAAGAACCCCAGGACUGGCCUGGAAUUGCCUGAAACCUCCUGUAGGGUCAGUGGGGUCCUCAACAACCAAGAAGCUGCAUUGGGUGCAGAACGAGGAGCCCUGACCAACAGGCCUGACACUCAGACCUCAGACAAGGGGCAGAGGCUGAAAUCUGGGUCCAGCCCUCAUCCGCCAGAACUUCUGGGGCCUCCUGUCCAAGCCAGCGCAGCUGAUGACUGUGGAAAAAGGCCUCCAAGGAUCUCUGUACGUGUGCAAGAGACAGAUGUUCCCAGGGAGCUGCUUGUGAUGCAAGGCAGUGGCCCCAUACCCUCUGUGGAGGCCCACCCAGUAGCCUGUGGAGGUGAGCAUGACCUCCCAGGGCCCAGGUGCUGCCGGCAGGCUCCUGGGACUGAGCGGGAGGAACAGACUCCCCAGGGAGCCGGUUCCAGUGACGGCAGAGCAAAGGCAGAGGAGAAAGCAGGGCCUGGUACCAAGCCCAUCUUGGAACCAAGCUUGGCCAGAAGGAACCAGGAAGACGAUGCCGUGGAGGUCUUAGAUUGGCAGCAGGACAAAGGCUCUGGGAAGAGCUGCACAGCAGGGGCCUCGGGGAGAGCUGAAGAAGAGAGGAGGAUGCCCCCGGGCACUGAUGCUGGCAGCGUGGUCCUGGAUGACAGUCCGGCUCCACCAGCCCCCUUUGAACACCGGGUGGUAACUAUCAAGGAGAUCUCCAUCUCAGCAGGGUAUACAGUAUGUCAGCAUGAAGUCUUAGGAGGGGGCCGAUUUGGCCAGGUCCACCGGUGCACCGAGAAGUCGACAGGCCUCGCCCUGGCAGCCAAGAUCAUUAAAGUGAAGAGCCCCAAGGACCGGGAGGAUGUGAAGAAUGAGAUCAACAUCAUGAACCAGCUCAGCCAUGUGAACCUGAUCCAGCUCUACGAUGCCUUUGAAAGCAAGAACAGCUUCACCCUCAUCAUGGAGUAUGUGGAUGGGGGCGAACUCUUUGACCGGAUCAUGGAUGAGAAGUACCAUCUAACUGAACUGGAUGUGGUCUUAUUCAUCAAACAGAUUUGUGAAGGCGUGCAUUACCUCCAUCAGCAUUAUAUCCUGCAUCUGGACCUCAAGCCCGAGAACAUACUGUGCGUCAAUCAAACAGGACACCAAAUUAAGAUCAUUGACUUUGGGCUGGCCAGAAGAUACAAGCCUCGGGAAAAGCUGAAGGUGAACUUUGGCACGCCUGAGUUCCUGGCCCCGGAAGUCGUCAACUACGAGUUUGUCUCCUUCCCCACAGACAUGUGGAGCAUGGGAGUCAUCACCUACAUGCUACUCAGUGGCUUGUCCCCAUUUCUAGGGGAAACAGAUGCAGAGACCAUGAAUUUCAUCGUGAAUUGCAGCUGGGAUUUUGACUCCGACUCCUUUGAAGGGCUGUCGGAGGAGGCCAAGGACUUCGUUUCCCGACUGCUGGUCAAGGAAAAGAGCUGCAGAAUGAGUGCCACACAGUGCCUGAAACAUGAGUGGUUGAACAACUUGCCUGCCAAAGCUUCAAAAUCCAAAGUUUGUCUCAAAUCCCAGCUAUUGCUGCAGAAAUACAUGGCUCAAAGAAAAUGGAAGAAACAUUUCUACGUGGUGACUGCUGCCAACAGGUUAAGGAAAUUUCCAACGUGUCCUUAAUCCUCAACUCUGCUGCUCCAAUAAGCCAAGAAAUUACUGACAACAAUGGUGAAGAGAUGGCUCCUAUUUUUUACCAAUCUGGCCUUUUACUAUUAUUAAUUCAUGAUCUACUACUAGUAAAUCAUACAUAUUAUUAUGUAACUCUUUAAUAUAAUUAAUUCACAAUUAAUUCCAUUUGUUUUAUAUAUAUAAAAAAAGGUUGUGGUUGUGACCUUUCUUGUGGAUAAAGUGUGGCUGAAAAAAAGAGUGAUCUAAGAACAUCUUCCCUGCCUUUUAAGAUCGCAAUGUUUGCAAUGCUGUGUUAACUUUUGAGUAUACCUACUUGUGCUGAGAAGUAUCGGUAUGCUUUAGGUAGGUAGGAAAGAUCCUACUUUGUGCAUGUCAAACUUAAAUUCUGACCUUCCAAUUAAAGAUCUCUGUUGACUGUU